CACGUAUCUAGUUGAAGUCAUACUGUAGGCUACAGUAUAUCGGUAAGGUUAAUGUUUUGAACAUUAACAUGGAGCACAAAGUGGAAAAGCUGUGUGCGAAUGUUAGGUCCAACGAAGUGCAACACUGAGAAAAAUGUCAUGAGCCUCCAAUGCUGACUCAGUGAGAACAAGGCAAAUUGAUGCUUCAGAAUGGACAAGGCCUGCCCCAGCCAGGACCAAGACUCAGAUGUUUUCCAACUUCACGUGGACUUUUUCAGGAAGCUGGGUUACUCCACCACUGAAGUGAGGUGUGCCAUAGAGAAUCUGGGCUUAACUGCCGAUACCAACUCAGUACUUAGGGAGGUACUCCAAAACAGGGACAGCAAAGCUCCUGUGUCCAAUGCAGAGAUGAAAGAUAUGGCAGCAUUACACACAGCCCCCAUAGCUGGUCUAAAGAGCCCACAGAGACCCCAAAGAGACACUCCACAAGAGUCACUGGAGCAGGGGAGGGAUGGAGAGCUAAACCCUGUCGUCAUUGACGGCAGUAAUGUGGCCAUGAGUCAUGGAAACAAGGAGGUAUUUUCAUGCAGGGGCAUAGAGCUGGCAGUCAACUACUUCCUGGACAGAGGUCAUACGGCCAUCACUGUUUUUGUUCCUUCUUGGCGUAAGGAACAACCUAGACCAGAUGCUCCCAUCACAGACCAACACAUCCUGACGGAGCUGGAGAGAGAGAAGAUAGUGGUCUUCACCCCUUCACGACGUGUCGGGGGCAAACGGGUGGUCUGCUACGAUGACCGCUUCAUCAUCAAGCUAGCCCACGAUACCGAUGGCGUAAUAGUGUCCAAUGACACGUACCGCGAUCUACAGGGGGAGAGGCCAGAGUGGAAGAAAUGCAUAGAGGAGAAGCUCCUUAUGUACUCUUUUGUCAAUGACAAGUUCAUGCCUCCAGAUGACCCCCUAGGCCGUCAUGGCCCCAGUCUGGAUAAUUUCCUUAGGAAGAACCCACUACCAUCAGAGCAGAAGAGACAACUCUGUCCCUAUGAUAAAAAGUGCACUUAUGGGAUAAAGUGUAAGUUCUACCACCCUGAACGCACUCAACAGUCUUACCGCUCACUGGCUGACGAGCUGAGGGACAACGCUCGGCUCUCCACGCUGAAAGAGGAGAGGAACACCAAAGUGUCGCAAAGGUGGCCUCAAACUGAUCUAGGACCUCCUGUAAGCUCCUAUCAGCACACGUUGGAGCAUGACCUGGAGCACAGGCUGGUCUUAGAUAGGCCGAGCCCCCUCCACAAUGGCCAUGUGAAUGAGAAUCAGCCUCUGUACUGGGAUAGUGGUCGGCAGUUCACCAGAGAUUCAGGAGGCUUCUCUCAGCAUGACUGGCCUGUGAUGCCUCGUCCCCCCUCCAACAAUGACCAGCCCUACGUCAGCAUUUCCCACAAGCACCUGGAUUCCGGGCUGGGCUCAUAUGAGAGCCAGUAUUCCGAUGCCCCCCAUGGUCUCAGUAAGCCACUUAGGAGUAGGCAGGACAUCGAACAGCCUUGUAGGUGCUGCUCCCACGUGACAUCAUCCGCAGGCCCCCAGAAGCAUUGCAGUUACCCAAGCCCGGAGCCCCACUCCCAGCCAAGAUACAACACCUACCCGACCCCACAGUUCCCUCCGAGCAUCCACCACUACAGCCUGCCCAGCCACUUCCAGGACAGGGGUCCGCCACAGCAAAAGUACUGGUCUGACCCCUUCCAUGCAAUACCCCAGACAAGGACUUCCUGCAGCCUCCCAAGCCCUCCAGCCUGUCAUGGCCACUCAUGCUCCUACCAGGAGCAGCCCUCAUGGGGUUGCCCCAUGCCCCAGCCUUCUACUUUUGACCCAGACAGGGAGGAGCUCCGCAAGAAACUGCAGGCCAUCUUCAACCCCCAUCAUGUGGAUAUGGUCAUGGGGAUGUUCCCUCACCUGAGGGACCCCCAGAAGUUGGCUGCAGAGAUCCUUAACUUCAGGUCUCAGAGAGGAGCCUUCUGAUGUUCCCAUGACUUUCCUGGAUGUAUUUUAAUUGGUUAACCCUAAGCCAUUGCUGCGUAGUUUAGCAAUGUUUCACUGGGAACCGCACAGCUUACUCUGUUUUCCUGGAGUGAAGGCAAACAAAGGUUGGUUGUUAAGUGCCUUCUCUAGAAAUUAGUUGGUUGAAUGAUUUUUUUGUACCUUUAUGUAUUGUCUGGUUUCAUGUUUUGUGAAAAUGAGAUGUUGACUUGUUCUAAGUUAAAAACAAUUGUAUGACAUUUGAGUCAAAAGUGAUCUCUACAACCACAUGUACUUUAGCCUUUACCUAGAAACUGUAAACUUAGACUGUUGAUACAUAUUGUAUCUCUUGGGAAUUCUUGCACAUUGAUAUAGUGUCCACGCUUCAGUUCUCAUGCAAUAAGGAACAACGUCUCCAUCCAAAUGGACACAUUUUCCUACGAGUUUUGUUACAUUGUGGAUGUGUUAAUGAUAGGGGUAUAUAGACAGUGUUUCAUACAGUAGGCACAUCAGUAUGUUGUGUAAAAGAUCUGAACUGUCAGUAAUCUGUCGGCCUCCAGCCACUAUAAGUUAAUUAACAGCAACCAGUACACAGUAUCAGCCUAGCCUUGCUAGCCACAACCUAUCCAAAGGAGCUCUUCUUUGUCAAAUUUGUAAACACACUACUUUUGUUUUAAUUGAGUGCGGUCUGUGCAACUGAUCCUUCUUCUGGUUAAAGUUAGAUGUAUUUCACUGUUGUGUAGUAGAAAAAACUUUAGUCAAAGGUACUGUAAAAUGCACCGGUGUAACACUGUGUGUACUUAGUUAUUACGGGCAUAGGAUUUUAUUUAUCCAAAUAUGCAUAAACUAUAUUUGGAGAGCCAGAGAGAGGAGUCUCUCUGAAACGAGAGAGAGAAAGAGAGAGAGAGAGAGAGAGAGACAGAGAAAGAGAGAGAGAGACCAACCAGGACUGGAACACACACCCAAGGAGACUGACAGUAAACAGAAGGGGCAGGGAACACCAGGAACUCAAGCUAAACAGGGGCACAGUGCCGUUGUUGUGACAUGGAGUUAAAUUCCAGUCUGUUUCAGGUGUUCUAGAUAAAGGGUGAUUGUAGGUAUCACCUCUAGAUCUCAUGGGAAUCCUUGUGACCCUAUACUUUAGAAAUACAAUAAGACUACUCUCUACCUCCAACACCUUGUCUCCUCCUCCAGCAACACGAAACAGAACGGUCUGUUCCUUUGUGUACAUUCUUAGAAGACACCAAUGAAUGUCGUCUGACUAAAACGACAGGAUCAGCACUGAAAGAGCUUGAGAAUACCAGACUGAAUAAGAUACACGUAAGGCCAUGAGAAAACUAUGUAGUUAGUCUUCUCCUUGCCUGGCAUUCACAGACAAACAAACAGAGCUGGGACAGGCAUGAGAUUCCAAGGAUUCCGGAUAGCCAUUCAUGUCUGGAGGAGGGGAUCCCUUUAUGUUUUUUUCAUGUCUUCUUUGAGGGGUUUAGGUGAUGUUCCAUGGACAUAUGGGAAGUCAUAUGUGAACACUGCUUGUAAAAAGGGCUGUACAAAUAAAAUAUUAUUUGAUUUCA